AUGGGGGAGGUUGAUGAAGCAGCCUUGAGGCUGGAACAAUGUGGGGUUGCGGAGGUCAAUACCAGGAAGACUGCUAAAGGGGAAGGGGUGGAGAUAUUCAAGGGGCGUGUCUAUAAGGACAGAAUGCUCCCUAUGAUGGAUAAGAUUAAGGCUUGUCUUCAGGGGUGGAAGGGAAAAUUGCUUUUGAUGACUGGACAGGUGGAGCUUUCCAAGUUUGUGGUGGCAGGAAUGUUGCUGCAAAAUUUUAUAGUAUAUUGGUGGCUAGAGAUGGUGAUUAAAACAGUACAAAAAUGGACAUGGAAUUAUAUCAUGACAGGAGAGAUUGAGUUAACAAAAAAAUUUAUGGUGAAAAGGGCAAAUGUCUACAAGCCUAAGAAGGAGGGAGGGCUCGAGAUUUGUCGAUUAGAGGAGGUUAAUGGUGCUCACCUCUGCAAGUUAGUGUGGCAGGUGAAGCAUGGUGAUACAACUGUGAGCCGUUUUCUAAAAGCUAGAUUUGUAAUCGUGAUAGCACAAUAA